AUGGAAACUAUUGAGGGAGUAACUCCAGAUUCACUACCCAUUGACGACUGGUCUCUUGGCUUGGAAGAUUUUGGGGGUGACAAAGGUAUGACCUUUGUCUACGUAUUCUCAAAGCCUAAUAACGAGCGCUCUCUCUUUCUUUCCAAGAUGUUGUUUGAGCUAUUACAGAUAGCGGAAAUCGUGCUUGCCUUCAACUUUGUAUGCAGUGAAUGGAAUGUCAAGGACGAGCUCCCGAGCGACUUAGAUGCUCUAAUUGAGGCUCAGGAAACCGAAGCUGCACAGGAAAAGCACGAUUCAUCCCUCGAACAGCUUUGCAGCGUCGAACCGCCCAAGCGGCAGCAAAUCCUACACUCUGACGAUGAAAAGGUGGUGGAGCUACAGGAGUUCGCCCGGAAGCCCGAGCUGGGUCAAGGGUUGUUAUACCCGGAGUUCGAUGAUCAUAACACAGUGCUUGGAAACAAGAGGAAGGCACCGCCGGCGGUCUGUGAUCAUCCGCCUCUCGAUCACGGCAAACUUACUCUCCCUAACAUAGAGCUGCUUGGAAAUAAGAGGAAGGCACCGGCGGCGGUGGAUCAUGACUGUGAUCAUCCGCCUCUUGAUCGUCGCAAACUUACUCUCCCUGACAGGCUAUUCUACUCGGAGAUUGAUGGUCGUGGUAGGAAGGCACCGGUGGAUCAUUGCUGUGAUCAGCCGCCUCUCGAUCACCGCAAACUUACUCUCCCUGAGAGGCUAUUCUACCCGCUGCCUGGAAACAAGAGGAAGGCACCGGCGGGGGCGGAUCAUUACUGUGACCAUCCGCCUCUCAAACGCCGCAAACUUGUUGAGACGGUGGCGGACUCUCCUCUCAGCGAGAACUGGAUGAUAAUGAUGGAAGUGAUCAAGCGUCAUCCACCUGAGACGCUGCGGGUCUUCAACUUCGCCAACAUCUAUCAUGGCGUGAGCCUGGCGCUGGCUCACUACGACUGCCUGGCGGAUCCUGUGCCGGAAGGGGCUACUCGGCCGGGCCGAGGAGCCCAUCGACAGCAUGCCUUUCGAGCCAGGCGUGGACGACGCUCCUGGCGGCGUGCCAGACUCAAUCGACUCUCUGUGACAAGGCAAAGGUGGAAGGCUCUGGCGACGGAGCCUCACAACGCCGAGAUCUACUUCGUGGAAUCGGGUCUCCGGACUUACAUGCAGGACAGGCUCAACGUCUCGGACAAGCUCAACUCCGUUGGAUCCACGAGAUCGUGGCGGCUUACGUGACCAGGCUAAACAUCGAGCUGACCAUCGAGUGGGGGUGCAGAAGUACCACAGGCCGUGCUGCUGACGCAUGCUGCCAGUCAAGAACCUCAAGUCUGCCACCACAAUAUUAACGUGAGGUUGACUUCCAGGACAUGCCUAUUACUCAUAUACUAGGAACUCUCGACUGACAGUUGAAACUAUACUAGGAUAUUCUCUAUUUACUAUUUAACAAAAAUGUAUUAAUUCGCAUAUUUA